AUGGCGCCGUCCGAUGACCGGACCGCGGCUGCCCGCCAACGCAGCGAUGACGACCACGACAACAUUUCCACAUACACCGUUAGCGACGACGGCGUCUCGCUGUCCGACACCUCCGAGCGUCGCCGCGCCAUCCGCCACAAAAAGGUCGUCCGCGCCGUCGCCCUCGUCGUCGCCACCGCCAUGUCGCUGUGCGCGGGCUCCAACGCCGUCUUCUCGCUGUACGCGCCGCAGUUCCAGUCCCGCCUGCGCUACACCCAGUUCCAGGUCAACGGCGUCGCCAUCGGCAGCUCCGUCGCCCUCUACCUGCCCAUCUCCGUCAUGGGCUACGCCUGCGACCGCGCCGGGCCCGCGCCCCUCGCGCUCCUCGCAGCCCUGCUGUUCGCCACGGGCUACGGCAUCGCAGCCGCCAUCUACCGCAAGCUCGACCUCGACUACAACAGCCUCGGCAAGCGGCCCGCCGCGCCCGGCAACGAGUGGUCCUACCCGCUCAUGGUCUUCGCCUUUGUCUGCAUCGGCACCGCCACCUGCGCCAUGUACAUGUCCGCCGUCUCGACCUGCGCCAAGAACUUCGGCAAGGGCAGGUACAGAGGCCUGGCCCUGGCCCUUCCCAUCACCGCGUUCGGACUCAGCGGCAUGUGGAUCAGCCAGUGUGCCAGCCGUCUGUGGUACAUUCUGCGGCCAGACGGCUCCAAGGGCGGCGUUGACGUGUUCCGAUUCUUCGUAUUUCUGGCCGUUCUCCUGUUUUCAGUUGGCGUCUUGGGCUUUUUCACCUUAAAGGUCGUGGAUGAGGAGGAUUUGAUUGAGGAGGCGAUUGAAGAGCUGGAGCGAAGCGGCCUUUUACGCGACCGCUCAUUGCUCCGACGCGCAGAGCGGGGGUACGGGACAAAUACUCCUGGCACGCCUGCUUCGAUCGAGAACACGUCACUGCUUGCCGGUUCAUUUCGGGAAGAUGAUGAUACCAAGUGGAAGAAGAAUUGGGUACAUAACGCCGAAACGAGGAGGUUCCUGGCAGAUAAAACCAUGUGGCCCUUUGCACUGGCGUUCCUGCUAAUGGUCGGCCCAGGCGAGGCCUUCAUUAACAACCUUGGCACCAUCAUUGGAACAUUGUCGCCCCCAGCUGUGGAUGGCUUCAGCAGUGGAACUUCGGCGGCUACCCACGUCUCCAUCUUCGGCCUCACAAGCACGGCGGGACGCAUGUUGAUUGGUACCAUCACAGAUCUAGUCGCGCCAGCACCUCAGACGCAGCAUGUCCAGCAACAUAACCACCGCAUCUCGAGACUGCAGCAAUUCACCACAUCCCGUGUGGCAUUCAUGCUGUUCUUCGCCAUGGCCAUGUCGCUAGGUUUCGCCUUCCUCGCCUCUGGUGCUGCGCAGAAUCAUGCCGACCGCUUCUGGGUCGUUUCCGGUCUUGUCGGCGCCGGCUACGGUGCUGUUUUCAGCCUCGCACCCAUCAUUGUCACCAUCAUCUGGGGUGUUGAAAAUUUCGCCACCAACUUUGGCAUUGUGACGACGCUUCCUGCGCUGGGAUCGACUUUCUGGGGCCUCGUCUACGCGGCCGGGUACCAGACCGGCGCAAGCCAGCCCGGGCUGCCAUCUGGCCCGAAUAGCCCUGUCGAAGAUGAGCUCUUCUGCUAUGGGAAAACUUGUUAUUCGGCCACGUUUUGGGGCGAAGCAUUCACCGUCUGGGUUGCUUGCGCCCUGCUUCUCUGGGCCUGGCUGGGGCCUGGUGGCUGGAAGCAGCGCGGAAUUCUCAUUUAG